AUGUGGAGAGGUUCGGGUUAUGUUCUCCUUAUUUUCAUAAGAAAAAGACAUGGAAACGAAUCGGAAAUUGCAACACGUUUAAUAAGAGCAGCAGCAAAUGUGUUGGAACCAACCCCAGAAGAGAGAACUUUGUCUUCACUAAUAUCACAGACAAGGAUGAGUUUUAGGAGAAAUUGCGUAGAUAAUAAAAGAGGCCGGAAAAGAAAGUCAAGUUUCCAUAAAAAGGUUACUCUUUUAAAAUUGGCUCACGCCGAUUUUUAUCCAACAACUGCGGAACUAAAAUUUCUGAAAGAAAGGGGGCUUGGUGAAUCUGAGUUGCCUUUGACUGUAUUUAGAAAUUCUACACUUGAUGACAUUAAGGAAAGCAUUAUAAGACUUUACCCACCUCAUAUUCAGCAGUUGCUAGAUAUGUGUGGCUUUAGAUUAUACCGUUUAGGGAAGUCCAAGAAAAUUACCAUUAUACCAGAUACUGAAAUAACAACUGGAGAUGACCUAGAAAAUAAACUGCAACAAAACAGACUUGUAAUCCUUCCUGCAAAUGAUUUUCCUUGUGACUUACAAAUUAUUGGUCGCAAUGCACCAAGACAACAAACCACUUGGCAGUCCUCGAAUGCAACGCAGGUUAUUUCCGAAGAUGAUGACUUCGAGCCCACGACUCACUCUUUCUCACGUCGAAUACCUAUUAGAAGGAAUGAAACACGGGCAAUUUCUGACGAUGAUGAAUUUGAGCCCACGACGCCCUCUUCCUCUCGUCGAACACCUAUAAGAAGAAAUGCGGCAUUAUCGCUGGUUCCAGAAACACAUACUAAUAGUCAACGAAUAAUUGAAGAACACGAUGAAGAUAAUUCGAAUGACGGUUAUGAAACUGAAGAGUCAGAUAAUAGACAAAAUAGUAACACCCAAAGUUGUUUCCUAACGUUUCCGAGUCUUCCGGAAAACGCCGAAUUAGAAAACAUUGAGGUCUCCAGAAGCAAUUGUUUUAAUGACGUUAUGAAAUUUUACGAGGAUGAAGACAUCGUAAAUAAAAAAAUUAUUGUAGUUUUCACAGGAGAGAUAGGUGUUGAUGGUGGAGGCUUGACAAAAGAACUUUUCAGCAUUUUCUUCCAAAAAUGCGAAAAUGUUUUUUUUAAAGGUGAAGACUGCCUAGUGCCAUUUUUGGACCUUAACAAAGUACAUGAAAUCGAUAAAUUUAUAAUUGUUGGUCGCGUCCUACAGCAUAUGCUUAUUUUAACGAAUAAACUACCUUCGAAAUUAUCAAGAGCAUAA